GUGACUAAUAGACACGUUAAAAAGCAACAAAACAAGAUCAUAAUAACGAUCACAACAUAUGGCUUCUUCUGAUGCUACAAGAGCCAUGGCAAAAACAUCAAUGACCCUAAUAACAACAAAGUCAACGUUCCAUUUUCUGUGCCUCUUAGCUUCUCUCCUUCACCCAAUCAAUGCUCAUGGUGGUGAUGAAGAUAAAGGGAGCGUGGCUUUGCACGAUAAGGGUUUGAUCUUGGUGAAGAUAUGGUGUUUGAUCAUCAUGCUUGUGAGCACCUUCGUUGGCGGCGUCUCUCCUUACUUCUUCAAAUGGAACGAAACCUUUCUUCUUCUUGGGACUCAGUUUGCGGGUGGUGUCUUCCUUGGAACCUCUUUGAUCCAUUUCCUUAGCGAUUCCAACGAGACUUUUAAGGACCUCACCACUAAAACUUACCCUUUCUCCUUCAUGCUCGCGUCCUUCGGCUAUCUUCUGACUAUGUUUGGUGACUGUGUGGUCAUGUAUGUCACCAGCAAUAGUCAGAAGAUGGCGAAGGUCGUGGAGGUGGAAGAAGAAAGGCAAGGGCAUCAAGAGGAGGUGGAUCAAGACUAUCAACAACACCAUAGAGAUGUGACAUUGAUGGCCACACAUAACCCUAUUUUUGUGAAGACUUCAUCUCUUGGGGACACCAUUCUCCUUAUUUCUGCCUUGUGUUUCCAUUCUGUUUUUGAAGGCAUUGCUGUUGGAGUCUCAGCUACUAAGUAUGAUGCAUGGAGGAACUUGUGGACAAUAUCAUUGCACAAGGUAUUUGCAGCCAUUGCAAUGGGAAUUGCAUUGCUUAGGUUGUUACCAAAGAGGCCCUUAGUUGCAACAAUUGCAUAUUCAUUAGCCUUUGCAAUCUCUAGUCCCACUGGGGUUGGUAUUGGCAUUGCCAUAGACACCACAACACAAGGAUCAACCGCAGAUUGGAUAUACGCUAUAUCAAUGGGCAUGGCUUGUGGUAUUUUCAUCUAUGUUGCCAUCAAUCAUUUGAUAUCCAAAGGGUUCAAACCACAGAGUACGAACCGGUUCGACACACCUUGGUUUAGGUUUCUAGCUGUGCUUCUUGGAGUUGCUCUUAUUGCUGUGGUCAUGAUAUGGGACUGAAUAAUAAUGAUGAUCAAGUUUCAUACAUGUGGGAUAUAAUUGUUUUGUUAACGGUGGAAACUCAGGUGUCGUCAACUUUACGUUAAGUUGAUUGUAACAUGGUUGUGUGUGAGUGAAUGAUGGUCAAUGAAUGCCAUUGUACAUUUGCCAAAAUUGGAAUUGUUCUACAUCUAUCUUCUACUUGUAUAUAUGUCUAUGCAAGUAUGCAUGCCAUGCAUUGAACAAUAAUGUUCAUAGCUAUUUUAAUUGGCAUUAAUUAUUGUA